AUGGCUCUGGUCAUUGUUGUCACCAAAUCUCCUCCGCAGAUGAAAACCUACAAGUGGAUUAUCAUCAAUUUCACUGUCCGUGAAUCAGUUUUGGUUCAACGUCAUACAGUUGUUAAUUUUCAGCUUACUACUUUCUUCACUGACGUAAUUAUUUGUUUUCUAUUCGAUCCUAUUCCGCUCUUUCCCGCAGUUGCUUGCUACUCGAAGACAUGGUUAGCUAAUGUUGAUGAAAAUGCUAAUUACAUACUGUUGAUUAUGAUGCCUGUAACGACCACUCUGUUUCCUAUGCUGAUACUUUUAUCCACCCGUUACAUCAAUGUCCCGUUUGGCGCACAGUUUUGGAAUAUGGUUGUUGCGCAAGCGGUAUCCAUGCAUAGUCCACUCAACACAAUCAUGGUUCUGCUUUCGACACGACACUAUCGGAAUGCAGUGUUUUAUAUCAUAAGGAGAAUUUCACAAUCGUUUGGAAGAUCGAAUGGAAUUUCCGUCAAGGCCACCUCUAGUAGUCGACUAGUUACAGUUUUGAAGUAA